CGCUGCCCUCAUAAACCCACAAGGAUUUAUGAUCAUGGACAAGUGCCGUGCCUCACAACAGAGUAUGUGGAAAAAUAUCCCAAGUACAGCAACAUCGCCCCUUCGCGGAGCCUUAAGCCGAAACAAGAGUAUCAAGUGCAUCGUGGGAAAAUGGAAGGAAUUACAACAUUUAAAUCUGAUUAUUUGCCGUAUGAUAUUGUGAAGCGACCUUUUCAGGUGCCAGAAGAAUAUAAACCAAAGACAGGAGAGAUAGAACUGGGAACCACAUACCAGAAAGAUUAUAACGUUCAUAAAAUACAACCAGUGACAUUAGUAAGACCUCUAGAGAGAAAACAUACUACAGGAGGAAAAUUGGAUACCAUACCAACCUAUCAAGAUGACUAUAGGUCAUGGGAAGUUCAAAGAAGGGAACCUAGUAAGGCGGAGCAUAUAUACCACCCACCUACAGAGAAGUUUGGGAAUUCUACUACAUUUCAAGAUGACUUUGUUCCCAAGGAACUGAUUCUCAGACAAAGUUUUAAACCUCGUGUAGCCAAGCUUUCAGAUGUGCCUUUUGAUAGUGCUACUAGUCAUCGCUCUUCUUACAUUGUGCAUCAGCUGCAGCCAAAAUUCAUAAGAGCAAAAGAGGCGUAUAAGCCAAGCAACCAACCCUUUGAAGAUCUCACAACCCACCGGAAUGAUUUUAAAGGGCUACCUGGGCAACUUGUAAAGAGCUGCAAGCCUGACAAUGCAAAAGUUGGAUCCAAUGCACACUUUAAUGGAGUCACUGAAUUCCAGGAUCGUUUUCAGCCAUGGCUAGUCUCCUUGCCGGAGCUCCGCAAAACAAAAGAGUACGUUCCACCUCCAGGCAACAUGGAUUUCAACUCCACGAGCCAUCUUGAUUAUGUGAAACAUCAGAUUGUUCCUGCAGUCCCCAUAAGACCAGUUUCUAAUGGAGGAAGAACCAGUGCCCCUUUUCAAGGGAAUACUACUAUGAAAGAAGAUUUUAAAGCCUGGGGCACCUGUCGGCAAGAGAUUAUUAAGAACCAACAGGAAAUUCCAAAACCCACGGGAAAAUUUUAUGAUUUAACUACAUUCAAAUCUGAUUACCUACCACAUCAGAUCAUUCCAGCUCAAAGUUUCAAACCUGUACAUGCUAUAGCUCCUAGUUCAGCUCCUUUCCAAGAUGAAACUAUGUAUCGCACAGAAUACACUCCACAAAAACAGGAGAUCUGCCCAGCAAAUUACCCAUCUCCUCCAGGUUAUGUCUAUGUAAACACAGAUUCCGGCGGUCACAAAUUCUUCCGCUUGCUUACUCCAGAAUCUUUCGAGUCACAUAGUAAUCCUAUUCCAAAGGAAGUAGGUGUUGUUUCAUAA